AUGUCCCUCCCGCCCACGUGGACUGCUGGUGGCUGGCCCCAACAGCAGAUGGCAACGUAUGGAAGGCUCGGAGUGCCCGCAACACAAAGCAUGAUGGCCGCCAACCUGGCCCCUACGAUGAUCUUGGCUCAGUCUUCGCCUUCGCCAACCUCACAGGGUGAGCAGGAGUCGACACAGGAGCCCGAGCCCUGUCUCGACGGGCUGUGCCUGAAUGAAGCGCGGGAGAGUGAAGAAGAGUUGCUGCCUCAGAAGAGUGUGUUGCAUCGGACGGUCUUGGGCCCCUUGGGCCAGAUGAUGACCACCCAGUGA